GCCGAUCCGCGUCUGCCGUCGGUCGGUGAGUGCGUGCGCUUCGUCGGUUCGCGUGUGUCUGUCUGGCCGAGCACCCGCUCCCUGUGCGGCCAUGACUCCGCCGCCACCCCAGCCACCGCCCUCAGGCACGAACCCCGCCGCAGACUCCGCUGCCGACCCCCGUCCCGGGCCUGGACCCCUGGUCGUACUGUUCGGGGCCACGGCGGGUGCGCUGGGGCCGGACCUGGGCUCCGACGAGACCGACUUAAUCCUCCUAGUCUGGCAAGUGGUGGAGCCGCGGAGCCGCCAGGUGGGGACAUUGCAUAAGUCACUGGUGCGCGCCGAGGCGGCCGCACUGAGCCCGCAGUGCCGCGAGGCGAGCGGCCUGAGCGCCGACAGCCUGGCGCGGGCCGAGCCGCUGGACAAGGUGCUGCAGCAGUUCUCACAGCUGGUGAGCGGGGAUGUGGCUUUGCUGGGCGGGGGCCCCUACAUGCUCUGCACUGAUGGGCAGCAGCUGCUGCGACAGGUCCUGCACCCUGAGGCCUCCAGGAAGAACCUGGUGCUCCCCGACACCUUCUUCUCCUUCUACGACCUCCGCAGAGAGUUCCACGUGCAGCACCCGAGCAGCCGCCCUGCCAGGGACCUCACUGUGGCCACCAUGGCACAGGACUUGGGGCUGGAGACAGAUGCCACAGAGGACGAUUUUGGGGUGUGGGAAGUGAAGACAAUGGUAGCUGUCAUCCUCCACCUGCUUGAUGGACCCAGCGGUCAACUGUUUUCGAAGCCCGAAGUGGUAAAGCAGAAAUAUGAGACAGGGCCUUGCAGCAAGGCCGACGUGGUGGACAGCGAGACUGUGGUUCGGGCUCGCGGGCUGCCCUGGCAGUCAUCAGACCAGGACGUGGCUAGAUUCUUUAAAGGGCUCAAUAUUGCCAGGGGUGGUGUAGCGCUGUGCCUCAAUGCCCAGGGCCGCAGAAAUGGUGAGGCCCUCAUCCGUUUUGUGGACAGCGAGCAGCGGGAUCUAGCACUGCAGAGACACAAGCACCACAUGGGUGUCCGCUAUAUCGAGGUAUAUAAAGCAACAGGAGAGGAGUUUGUAAAGAUCGCAGGGGGCACUUCACUAGAGGUGGCUCGUUUCCUGUCACGGGAAGACCAAGUGAUCCUGCGGCUGCGGGGACUGCCCUUCUCGGCUGGGCCAGCAGACGUGCUAGGCUUCCUGGGGCCAGAGUGCCCAGUGACUGGGGGUGCCGAAGGGCUGCUCUUUGUGCGCCACCCUGACGGCCGGCCCACUGGUGAUGCCUUUGCCCUCUUCGCCUGUGAGGAGCUGGCACAAGCUGCAUUACGCAGGCAUAAGGGCACGCUGGGUAAGCGAUACAUUGAACUCUUCCGGAGCACUGCAGCCGAGGUGCAGCAGGUCCUGAACCGCUAUGCCUCCAGCCCACUCCUUCCCACACUGACUGCUCCACUGCUGCCCAUCCCCUUCCCACUGGCAGCUGGGACCGGGAGAGACUGUGUACGCCUUCGAGGCCUGCCCUACACAGCCACCAUCGAAGACAUCCUAAGCUUCCUGGGGGAGGCAGCGGCUGACAUUCGGCCCCACGGUGUGCACAUGGUACUCAACCAGCAGGGUCGGCCAUCGGGUGAUGCCUUCAUCCAGAUGACAUCAGCAGAGCGGGCCCUAGCUGCUGCUCAGCGUUGCCAUAAGAAAGCAAUGAAGGAACGCUAUGUGGAGGUGGUCCCCUGCUCCACAGAGGAGAUGAGCCAUGUCCUGAUGGGGGGCACCUUGGGUCGCAGUGGCAUGUCCCCUCCACCCUGCAAGCUGCCCUGCCUCUCACCGCCCACCUACGCCACCUUCCAGGCCACCCCAACACUCAUUCCCACUGAGACAGCAGCUCUGUAUCCCUCUUCAGCACUGCUCCCAGCUGCCAGGGUGCCCGCUGCCCCCACCCCGGUUGCCUACUACCCAGGGCCAGCCACUCAACUCUACAUGAACUACACAGCUUACUACCCCAGCCCCCCAGUCUCCCCCACCACUGUGGGCUACCUCACCACGCCCCCUGCUGCCCUGGCCUCUGCUCCCACCUCAGUGUUGUCCCAGCCAGGAGCCCUGGUCCGUAUGCAGGGUGUCCCAUACACAGCUGGUAUGAAGGAUCUGCUCAGCGUCUUCCAGGCCUACCAGCUAGCCCCCGAUGACUACACCAGUCUGAUGCCUGUUGGUGACCCACCUCGCACUGUGCUACAGGCCCCCAAAGAAUGGGUGUGUUUGUAGGUGAGGGAGCCAGGAGGUAAGAGCUGGCUGAUGUCCUCAGCUAACGGGACUCUCCUGCAUCUAGAGAACCAGGGCCCUCAACCUGGUAGCUUCUUUCUGGCUUCUCAGAAUUCUCAGAAGGCCCCCAGAGGAGCUCAAGCCCCAGCUCCAUCCCCCCUACUUAUUACUCUGCCUGUUCACCCCAAAGAUGAUGGCUGGACCCUGAAUGCAGGGCUGGGGGUGGAAUGGCACUACCCUGCUCCCAGUGGUCUGAUCUGGGCCUCUUAAGUAGCAGAGAGCCUUUGUUCUGUUCAGGCUAUGGUCCAUGCCUACAGAUUCCAUAGGGCUGAUGUCCAUAGCAGGCUUGCUUGCUUUUUAAAAAAUGUAAACCCUGGUGCCUUCAGCGUUAUGACUCCAGGGAGCUUCUGAGUAAAGAUCCCAAUCUUCUACCUUCCCCUGUCCCUUCUGGUGGGGGGCAGGGUGGCAGAGAGCGCUGGCCCCAGUCCCCAGGAUACUGACCUCCGUGGUCACAUUGCGCCAGUGGUGGUCCCACCUAAGGAUGCUAGCCCCCCUCUAGCGUGACACAAAGAAUAACAGAUGGCAAAAAUCACAGGCUGUUUUGAUGGACUGUACUGCAAUAUCCCCAGAGGACAAUAGGGGGCAGGAGGCCCUCACAAAAACUCAGGCUUGACUUUUAAAGGGACUUCUGCCUACUUUUCAUGCACACCUUGGGCAGGUCAGUUGUCCUGAACUCAGCAGACACCUUGGAAUGUCCUUUGCACCCAUUAGAGGGUGCUGAACUGAAGCUUCGGAAGGAAUUUGGAACUCU